CUUCUUGCUUUUGAAAAUGUACCAAGACAAACCAGAAACAGUGCCACCUACAAGUGAGUUUUGCCAUAGAAUUAAUUACAAUGGCAGGCGUGUCUUUCAAGGUAUUGUAAGUGUUGAACUCAGUUUAAUUUGAUACAACUGUAUGACGUCUUGAUAUAAAAGGGGGUGCGUCUCUCUCUCUCUCUCUCUCUUUCUCUCUCUCUCUCUCUCUCUGUAUGUGUGUGUCUGUAGGACAAUUGUUUAAAGGCCGACAGGUAGGGUGUAGGACUGUCUGUGGGACAAUUGUUUAAAGGCCGGCAGGUAGAGUGUAGGACUGUCUGUGGGACCAUUGUUUAAAGGCCGGCAGGCAGGGUGUAGGACUGUCUGUGGGACAAUUGUUUAAAGGCCGACAGGUAGGGUGUAGGACUGUCUGUGGGACCAUUGUUUAAAGGCCGGCAGGCAGGGUGUAGGACUGUCCGUAGGCCUAUUGCUUAACGGCCGGCAUAUAUUAUAGAAAAUCAGAAGUUAACUCUUUUUUGGCCUUGGACUUUGUAAUACUUGGCCUUGGACUUUGUAAUACUUGGCCUUGGACUUUGUAAUACUUGGCCUUGGAUCCACCCUGUUAUGUCUAUUUAAAAAGCGCAAGCCAGGCACGACCAACUAGAACUACUCUAGUGAGUCAUGACCCGGGGAAGCCCUAGUGUAAAAUAUUCUUUCCAGGUAUAAAUUUAGAUAAUGAUCAUAAUCUAUUGUAAACCAUUACUCGCGAGUCUUAAUCAUUAUUUUCUUUAAAAAAAUACCUCCCCUUAUCCGAAAAAACAAGAGCACUCUAAAAAUAUAGUUUUAAUCUAAAAUAUUAAUUUUUAAAAUAGGAUAUUUGGAUAAUAACGGUUAUUCCAUGUAUUGUAGGCCUGGGUCUAAAUAAACCAAUCGUUUGUUUAUAAAAGUACGUGUGUUUCUUUUUUCUUGUGUUUUUUUUUUUUUUUCAAUUCAAAUUGAGGUUAAAUUCUUUCUUUAUUGAUUUAUUGAUUAAUAAAUACCACAAAAUUAUAGACGGCUUUCCUAUACGAUAGGGCCUAGAUUCACACCAACUGAAUUUUUUAAAGUUAAGCCAGUGUAAAUAAAUAUAAUCCGAGCGUGAAAUCUCUGAGGAUUUGUUUGUUUCUUUUGUUUUCAACGCGUGCCUUUUAAUUAAACGCUAAUACUAUCAAGCGUUGCUUUUAUUUCUAUAUGUCAUCCCCUUGAAUUUUGAGUCGGAGGUUAUUUAUUCAAUUUUGAUAUAAUCUGACGUCAUCCAACUUCAGCUGCCUUGCCACAACAGUGAUUGAUAUGAAGGUUAAAUGUAAGGAGUGAGCAUUGAUGUGAUGCACUUGUGGAUCCAUUGUGGGUGUCCGUUAUAUUGUUCUAUGUUGAAAUAAAAUUCACCUUCCACACACCCACGGUUUUUCUCUUUACAAUUAUUACUAAAUCCGCUCAUGGGGGUUAUUCUGAAAUGUCAGAGUUUGUGGAUUAAAUGCAAGAAAAUAUCACUUUCCAACAAUGGGCUUUUAAGUAUUAGUUGCGAAAUAAAAUCUUUAAAAAUCUACUUUUAAACUGAGAUUCUAUCUUUCAACGACGUUUGACUGUUCAGCCACACGGUAUUUUGCAGAGAAACGUCGUCAGGACCAUUGUGUACGAUGCUAACGUUGAAAUAAGCCUAGGACUUGUUGAUUCGUGGCGUGGAAUUUUCCACUCAAAAUAGCUGAGCUUAUUCCUGUUUAUAUUUACUAAAACCAAUCAAUGCGACUAAGACUGCAGUACCGCUCAAUUCUUCUCAUUUCAAAAUAGGUCAUAUAAGGUAUGCCUGAGUGGACCGGCAUGACAAUAAGACGGGCACAAAACUGAGAGACAUUUGUAGAUGGUGGACCGCCAUGUGAGCAGUGUUCCUUUCCGACCAUGUCCUCAGGGUUGGGAGGAGGGGGUGGAUUUCAGAUGUUCGGGUGGACAAUGCCAGUGGCGUAGCAGGAAUGGGGGUGGACGGGGGGUGGGGUUGUCCGUCCAGGUGUCUCGUUUUCCUUUUAAUGGAGGGCGCGGAACUUUGGAAGUUUGGCGCACAAACUCUUGCCUCGCCCAGAGUGGCACUACACUAAAUACAGAACUAGGCAGUGUAUCCAUCAGCACCGAAUAGGAUACCAGGGCCGACUGUACUGUCAUUUGUAUCGGUCAGUAUGGCAGAAACCGAGGGCAUCAUUGGCUCCUGAGCAAAAUGUGCAUUUUUGCCUAUACCUGAAUUUUGUCUUCCUGUUAGACAAUUUCAGCGGGUGAAAGGGUUUUUCAAGCAUCCGGUACGGAGGGUGGGCGGGCAUCUAUCAGCAUGCAAAUUAGGCAUUAUGAUGCCUAGUCCAUUAGGCAUUAUGAUGCCUAGCCCAUUAGGCAUUAUGAUGGCUAGUCCAGUAGGCAUUGUGAUGCCUAGUCCAUUAGGCAUUAUGAUGCCUAGCCCAUUAGGCAUUAUGAUGGCUAGUCCAUUAGGCAUUAUGAUGCCUUGUCCAUUAGGCAUUAUGAUGCCUAGUCCAUUAGGCAUUAUGAUGCCUAGUCCAUUAGGCAUUAUGAUGCCUAGUCCAUUUGGCAUUAUGAUGCCUAGCCCAUUAGGCAUUAUGAUGGCUAGUCCAUUAAGCAUUAUGAUGCCUAGUCCAUUAGGCAUUAUGAUGCCUAGUCCAUUAGGAAUUAUGAUGCCUAGUCCAUUAGGCAUUAUGAUGCCUAGCCCAUUAGGCAUUAUGAUGGCUAGUCCAUUAACGUAAUACUACGGAUCAGGUAAUCCAAUUAUGAUGCCUAGUCCAUUAGGCAUUAUGAUGCCUAGCCCAUUAGGCAUUAUGAUGGCUAGUCCAUUAAGCAUUAUGAUGCCUAGUCCAUUAGGCAUUGUGAUGCCUAGUCCAUUAGGCAUUAUGAUGGCUAGUCCAUUAGGCAUUAUGAUGGCUAGUCCAUUAGGCAUUAUGAUGGCUAGUCCAUUAGGCAUUAUGAUGCCUAGCCCAUUAGGCAUUAUGAUGCCUAGCCCAUUAGGCAUUAUGAUGGCUAGUCCAUUAAGCAUUAUGAUGGCUAGUCCAUUAGGCAUUAUGAUGCCUAGCCCAUUAGGCAUUAUGAUGGCUAGUCCAUUAGGCAUUAUGAUGCCUAGUCCAUUAGGCAUUAUGAUGCCUAGUCCAUUUGGCAUUAUGAUGGCUAGUCCAUUAGGCAUUAUGAUGCCUAGUCCAUUAGGCAUUAUGAUGCCUAGUCCAUUAGGCAUUAUGAUGCCUAGUCCAUUAGGCAUUAUGAUGCCUAGUCCAUUAGGCAUUAUGAUGCCUAGUCCAUUAGGCAUUAUGAUGGCUAGUCCAUUAGGCAUUAUGAUGCCUAGUCCAUUAGGCAUUAUGAUGCCUAGUCCAUUAGGCAUUAUGAUGCCUAGUCCAUUAGGCAUUAUGAUGCCUAGUCCAUUAGGCAUUAUGAUGCCUAGUCCAUUAGGCAUUAUGAUGCCUAGUCCAUUAGGCAUUAUGAUGCCUAGUCCAUUAGGCAUUAUGAUGCCUAGUCCAUUAGGCAUUAUGAUGCCUAGUCCAUUAGGCAUUAUGAUGCCUAGUCCAUUAGGCAUUAUGAUGCCUAGUCCAUUAGGCAUUAUGAUGCCUAGUCCAUUAGGCAUUAUGAUGCCUAGUCCAUUAGGCAUUAUGAUGCCUAGUCCAUUAGGCAUUAUGAUGCCUAGUCCAUUAGGCAUUAUGAUGCCUAGUCCAUUAGGCAUUAUGAUGCCUAGUCCAUUAGGCAUUAUGAUGCCUAGUCCAUUAGGCAUUAUGAUGCCUAGUCCAUUAGGCAUUAUGAUGCCUAGUCCAUUAGGCAUUAUGAUGCCUAGUCCAUUAGGCAUUAUGAUGCCUAGUCCAUUAGGCAUUAUGAUGCCUAGUCCAUUAGGCAUUAUGAUGCCUAGUCCAUUAGGCAUUAUGAUGCCUAGUCCAUUAGGCAUUAUGAUGCCUAGUCCAUUAGGCAUUAUGAUGCCUAGUCCAUUAGGCAUUAUGAUGGCUAAUCCAUUAGGCAUUAUGAUGCCUAGUCCAUUAGGCAUUAUGAUGCCUAGUCCAUUAGGCAUUAUGAUGCCUAGUCCAUUAGGAAUUAUGAUGCCUAGUCCAUUAGGCAUUAUGAUGCCUAGCCCAUUAGGCAUUAUGAUGGCUAGUCCAUUAAGCAUUAUGAUGCCUAGUCCAUUAGGCAUUAUGAUGCCUAGUCCAUUAGGCAUUGUGAUGCCUAGUCCAUUAGGCAUUAUGAUGGCUAGUCCAUUAGGCAUUAUGAUGGCUAGUCCAUUAGGCAUUAUGAUGCCUAGUCCAUUUGGCAUUAUGAUGCCUAGCCCAUUAGGCAUUAUGAUGACUAGUCCAUUAGGCAUUAUGAUGGCUAGUCCAUUAGGCAUUAUGAUGGCUAGUCCAUUAGGCAUUAUGAUGCCUAGUCCAUUAGGCAUUAUGAUGCCUAGUCCAUUAGGCAUUAUGAUGGCUAGUCCAUUAGGCAUUAUGAUGCCUAGUCCAUUAGGCAUUAUGAUGCCUAGUCCAUUAGGCAUUAUGAUGCCUAGUCCAUUAGGCAUUAUGAUGCCUAGUCCAUUAGGCAUUAUGAUGCCUAGUCCAUUAGGCAUUAUGAUGGCUAGUCCAUUAGGCAUUAUGAUGGCUAGUCCAUUAGGCAUUAUGAUGCCUAGUCCAUUAGGCAUUAUGAUGCCUAGUCCAUUAGGCAUUAUGAUGGCUAGUCCAUUAGGCAUUAUGAUGCCUAGUCCAUUAGGCAUUAUGAUGCCUAGUCCAUUAGGCAUUAUGAUGGCUAAUCCAUUAGGCAUUAUGAUGCCUAGUCCAUUAGGCAUUAUGAUGGCUAGUCCAUUAGGCAUUAUGAUGCCUAGUCCAUUAGGCAUUAUGAUGCCUAGUCCAUUAGGCAUUAUGAUGGCUAAUCCAUUAGGCAUUAUGAUGCCUAGUCCAUUAGGCAUUAUGAUGGCUAGUCCAUUAGGCAUUAUGAUGCCUAGUCCAUUAGGAAUUAUGAUGCCUAGUCCAUUAGGCAUUAUGAUGCCUAGUCCCAUCCACAAAUUGAAAUUAUUGCGGUUGUGGUGCGUCCCAGGGCAGUCUUUUGGCACAAGCUUCGACACAACCCAUGUGCAGUACUUAAACAUUUAACGGCGCGAGGGCAGGGAGGAAGCAGAAAUAAAUAACGCCGAAGAUUCCAGGGGAAAUACGUGGGUCUGCCUCAAUAAGCCCCUCCCUAAAAUUAUUUGGAUCAAUUCAAAAUGUAAGAUUGUACUUAAGCACAUAACCUAAAUUAAGUUUUGCAUAAUUCUACACUUAAUCGGAGAGCAGCAGGAGAGAUGCUAUUUAAAAAUCUAGGCAUCACUUGAUUAACCUCAGAGCCGUCAUAUGGGCCCUGCAACCCCCGAGGCCUUUGAUAUGUGAACUCCCGUUCGAUCAAAUUUCCGUUCGAUCAAACUUCCGUCGAUCAAUUCUCCGUCGACGAAAUUUCUUUCAAACAAAUUUUUGGAUACAUUAGGUAACUGAUUCGAGAGAGCUCAACUAAACUUUCCCGGUUGGCGUUUGAAUCCGGUGACUUUAGAGUAAUUAAUUUAGUGAAAUAUCUUAACGCAUAAACUGUGCUAAAAAAUAGAAAUGUUUUUAGUUAAAAAAAUAUUUGAUUAUUUAUUCAAAUUAACAAAAGAGACAAACUGUGUAUUUUGUUCAAGUCUAACAUAAAAAAAUGAUUAUUACCUAAUAAAUAGGCUAAUUUGAGUUGACUAUCAUGGUUAAUUCAUGUGAGGGAGUGAGUUUUAUUUACUCUUUGUGUGUUGAUUUUGUAAUUAUUAUUUUAUUUGUGUGUGUAAAAAGGGAAAGGGGGGGGGGGGCGGUAAAUACAAAUAAAAUGGAUACGUCGAUAGGUGUCUGCAAAUCACUGCAAAGAAAUUCAUAGUUUGGUAUUCUGGUAUUUCACAGCUGCCAAGAACAAUCUUUACUUUGAAUCUUUAGCCUGUUGCUAAUGCAUCGUAUUGAAGUCUAGUCUGUUUUGAUUUUUAAAAACAUCAACAACAUGGCAACAAACUUUAGUUUUCUUUCCAUACCUCUCGAUGCCGAUAAAUCUAAUUUAAAUUUUCUUUUAUUUAUUUGUUAUCAUUAUUAAUGUCAUUAUUGUCAUGUAGUCCUAUGAGACCGUUUCCAUUCAUGCUAACAACGCGCACCGACAUAUGGAUUGUGUUUUUCAUUCAGGCUAAAAAAAAAAGUGCCCUUUCGUUUUUUUAAGAAAGGUAUAAAAACAUCGAAAUGGUUGAAAAGAGCAGAAGCAUAGCUGUCAUAGAAAUAAACAAAUAUCAACUGGAAAAACGAGAAGCGUUGCAAGAUUGUAGGCAUCAAUGGAAAUUUCUACCUUUUCAGGCUUUUGCGAUACGAAAUGCUAAAAGUGACAACCAAUCGCAAUUAAGGAAAAAAAUGAGGUCAGUGUGUACGGUUUCAGUACAUUGUGCUAUUUCUGGAAGUGUGUGAAAGGCGGUGGCAUGUUUCCUAGGCUAGUGAUGACGGCUGAUUCAGUGGAUUACAACAUAACAGAAAUAUAGCGGACGGCGUAACCUUUUCAGUAAGACCUUUAGCUGAACCUCCACCAGUAAGACAUUAUAAUAAAGACCAAUAAAUUAUAUAAAUGGUAAGAAAGAUUUGAGGCUUUAUAACUUUAUAAUUCUAUUAGUAUUAGGCUUAGGCUUAGGUUUUCUUUUCAUUUUGGGCUUUGCAGAGGCUAUAACUAACUACUAACUAUACAUUAUACUAUAAUAAUAAUAUAUUUUAAGUUUAUAGUACGAGUAUGAAUAAUGAUUUUUACUAACUUUAGUGGUUUUCUACUCAAACCAAUGAUUAAAAUUUAGGGACAAAUAUUGAAAUAAUCAAUUUAAUCAUCAUUCAUAUACUUCAGCCCCAUAUGAUAUUGAUAUAUAGAAUGCUAAUUAUUACUAAUUAGGCCUACUAUAUUUUAAUUUUAGGAUAAUAGUAAAUACUGUCUAAACUUGAACUUAAAAAGUAAACGGACAAGUUUCAACUUAAUUUCAUCCUAAUCAUCCUAAUCCUAUGCCUGUACUAUAACCUAUGAUUAUGAUCCUAAUACUAAUACUAUCAUUGAAUGAUAGUGAUAGUAUUAUUAGCAUGCCGCCUAUAUAAUUACUAACUAUAUGAAUAGUAUAAGUAUAUGGCAUGGACUAUGGAGUUUUCCUUUGAAUUAGUAAUAUUAUUAAAUUAUUAUUACUAAUUUGAAAUCAAAUUUUUAAAGUUAAUUUUAUAUAUAUAUCAUCAUAUAAUUUUUUUCAGUUGAAGAAGCUGAAACAUUCAGAUUUUUUUUUUUUUUCAUUUAUAAUGCUUCACCUCCUCCUGGUCAUCACAGAUAAUUUUUUUUUUACAUUGAUUUAAUUUAAAACAAUCUAAAUGGCUUCUAUUUAGCUGUACAUUUCUCUGAAUUUUUAAUUCUCAACAGAGGCUGGAAAAACAUUAAAACAAACCGAUCUCAGCCUUCAUCAUCAUAGCUGCCAAACAAACAUGUUGGAUGUGACACAGAGAGCUGAUGAGCUUUACACAGCUUAUAAAAUACAAGAACUGUAUGACUAUCUCACUCAGCACAAAGGUUAGAAAAUGUUAUUAAUUUUUUCAGCAAAGCUGCUAAAAAAUCAUUAACAUUUCUUUUUAUCUUUUUUUUUUCUCCACAACAUAAAGAUUUUGUUUAGUUUCAUAAGUGGAAAGAAUAUUGGCAGUCCAUUACUAAAAUGUUUAAAAUAUAUAAGUAAACUUUCCUGUUAGAGACUUGGGCAAUCCUCCGAAGUCUGGUCCCAAAUUAUUUCCAAUGAUUACUCCUUACUUAAAAGUCUUAGGCAUCAUUUUGUUUUGAAAUUCAUGUUUGUGGUAGUGGACGAUGUUGGAUGGAGGUUGUUGGCCGUCGAGAUGCACAAACACUUAAGCGCAUUAUCCCUAAUCAUGUGUUACCAGGGACAACUAUCGUUACGGACAAUAUCACCCACCUGUGAUUCACCAGAAAUCUUAUCAUCCACCUGUGAUCCAAUCUUAAAUGAACAAUUUGGUUGCAGCUUAGGCAAAAAAAAAAAAAAAUAAGAAUUGCAUUUUGUUUUCCUGUGUUCUGUGUUAUCAAAAGGGAUAAGCAAUUAGGAAAAAAAAAAUCUUUUAUAAGGUAAAGGCAGUGUCAUAACUAAAAAAAAAAUUUGGUUGCAGCUUAGGCAAAAAAAAAAAAUAAGAAUUGCAUUUUGUUUUCCUGUGUUCUGUGUUAUCAAAAGGGAUAAGCAAUUAGGAAAAAAAAAAUCUUUUAUCAGGUACAGGCAGUGUCAUAACUAAAAAAAGGUUUAGCUUUUUUUUUUCCAAAUAAAAUAGUUAAGUAUUUCACAUAAUAAAUUAAUUCCUGUGUAACACAACAGCAGCACUAAUAUAAUUAGGAUUAUAAGUAAUGUAUUUUUAAGUAAAUGUCCUAAAAAUCAGUUAAAUACAAGAAAAAGUUGGCUUAAAAAAAUCAUAGUGUGCCAUCUGGCUGCUGGCAGAAUUCUCACCCAGCAGACAGAAUAUGGCAGAAAUGAAAUGAGGAAGUUUGAAAAAUUGUUUGGAAAAUUCAGUCACAUGAUUUUAUAUUUCAAGUCCUUCUUUUAAAUUUAAUUUUUACAUGAAGCAAAAUAGUUUGGAUCAAGAAAUUAUAAAGGAUUUCAAAAUCAAAUGUGCACAAAAUAAAGUCUGUUACAUGCCACAGCUAUCCUAUAAUCUGCAGAAGUAAUGAAUGAUGAGAUUCAAUGGCGACUUGCCAGGGUGACACAUGACAGAGCAAAGCAUGAAAAGGACAAACACAGACGCCAAAACAGCAUGUUGGAGGCUUUCUCAUAUGCUGAAAAGGCCCUUGAGCUCAACCCAAACAGCCCUCACUGCCAUAGGGUAUGUCGUAAAUAUCAACCCUCAAUAUUAGUUUUAUUGCCCAAUUUACUACUUAAGAAAUUGUAUUAUACAGAUUUAUUGUGACCAUAUGUUGUUCUGAUCUUGAAGAAAAAAAGAAAAAAAAUUGAUAGCUAUCAACUGACUGACUUACAAGUACUUAUAUUCUAUAGAUAAUAAAAUGGGGGAUUAUUUGAUUCCCAGUUAUGCUAAAAGAAAAAUCUGUUAUUAAGCCAUCUUCGUCACAACUCACUUGAUAUUAAGAGAGUCAAAUAAUUUUUUUGGAACUUAAUACUGGAGUUUCUUACAAUUAUCAGUGUGUGGUUGCUGGAGUUACUAAGAAUACUUAGACCUGGUUAAAUUUGUUGCAGUGGUAUGGUGCAUUGCUACACUUCACUACAGAAGGUAUUGGUCUCAAGCACAAAAUACAAACCGCCUUUAAAGUCAGAGAACACUUCGAUGUAAGUCUUUAAUAUAAAAAAUGUAUCUAUAUCUUCAGGGAUUUCUAAACAUAUAAAAUUAAUCUAAUCUCAACUUCUGGCAAAUACUUUGUAUCAAAGUGAAACCACACAUUAUUUCAAAGGUCAUUGUAACAUGUUUUGCAAUAACAAAAACAUAUUUUUAAAAAUAAAAUACAUUUAAUGGGCUUAUUAUCAAAAAUAAUGUUACAUACAACUUGUUUUGCAACAUUUAUUGUAUUGAUAUAUUGAUAUUUUGCUGAAUGAAUAAUAUAACCAUGAUUUAUGUGUUGAUAAAAGUAGUCAAUGAAAUAAUCUAAAGAUUAAAUCAUCACUUCUUGACAGUUUUUAAGGUUACAAUUUUUGUCUUUGUCAAGCUGCGAUAGAGGCACAAUGCUAUAUAUUGGCAUAUUUGUUUGUUUGCAGAAAGCACUUGAACUAGAUCCAGAGGAUGCUAUUUCUCUCCAUUCUAUUGGUUAUUGGUGCUUUGUGUUUGCUGAGCGCCCGUGGUACCAAAGAAAGAUAGCGUCUGCUUUGUUUGAAGCUCUCCCUGAGACGACAUAUGACGAGGUAAACUUAGAUGAAACUGAUGUCAGACUGCUGGAGAUUUAAGCAUAACACCUACUUAUAUUAUUGUGUCUUCUUUUUGAGUAAAGUUUUAAUGAAAAUAUUUACAUGUUUAUUUCAGGCAUUGGAAUGGUUCAUGAAGGCAGAAAAAGGUAAACUAUUUUUAAUCUUGAAGGGGAGAUAAGCUUAGAUGUCAAUUGCUAAUUUUAAAAAUCUCUGACCUUUGUUGUCCAUUGCUUAUUAUAAUCUAAUGGCUAAAUCCCAUUUUUAAAAUUAGAUUAAUUUACAAUAAAAGAAUGGUAUUCAAUUACAAAUUAAGUGAGGAAAAAUAAGAAGGAUUUUUUUUCACAUUUUAGUCAGUGUGUAGAGAUUUAUAAAUAUGUACUUACUAAGUUAUGAAAAUCAAUCUCUCUUUUUUUCUAAAACAUUAAUUUUAUAUAUAAAAAAAAAAAUCUAAAACAUUUACCCUCCCCAUCCUUUCCCUCCCUCGUGCCCCCACAGUCAAGGAAAAUUUCAUGUGCACCAACAUACUCAUGAUUGGAAAAACUCACUUACGACUUCACAACAAAGAAAAGGCAGUUGAAUAUUUGCAGAAAACUCUAGACUUUCAGGUCAGGACCCCUGAUGAUGAGCAGGUAAAUCUUUAUUUGGUUUAUUAGUAAACUAUUUGAACAGUAAAUGUUAUAAUAGAUUUAAUUGUUGAAGAAAGAUUGUUUUGACCAAGACACCAUUAUAAAUAUCUAGAGAACUGGUAUCAAAUUUUAGUUAUAGAUAAGAUAUAGCCCCAAUACAGAAUACAGUUUUUUUGUUUUUUGGUGGGGAUGGGGGGGAGAGAAGGCUGUGUUCUUGGGUCCAUAGCAAUCAACACAUGAACCUUGAAAGUCCUAAAUACAAGUUGGGACAACAUCAUUUUGACACACCAUUCAAGAAGAGGUGAAAUAAUGACUAGUUUGAUUUGAUGGGUUGUGGUACAGGUACAACAAGAAAUACUGCAGUAUGAAUGUUAAAAAAAAAAUGUAUCCCUUAUUUAACACUGCUUAUUCCUAAAUGAGUUUGGUGAACUGACUUGAUCUUUCAGUCCCACAAGGAAGCUGUAGACAUGUUGAGGCACAUGGGUCACGGACAUCUACUCAAAAGUUGCUUGCACUCUGAUGAUGCCAGCUAGUCUGAAUCUAGUACAGAAGUACCUGUCUUCGUCUAGAAGUACUUCUCUCUGCAUUUAUCAACUUCAUCCAUCGCUGGAAACAAAUUUUUUGGUGGUACAGUAAAUCCCAGUGAUCUUCAUUAUUUAUUUAUUUUUUAAAUGUCUCUGUCUCCACAGAAUAUGAGUUUAUUAUUUUGGAACAGCUGGUUCCGCUGUCAUGCUCAGUCAGAGGUCCGUUUGGGUCAAAGUUCAUCUGAAAUUCACACAGACCAUCUAGACUGAGUUGCAGAUGAAAUCAUUUCUUGUUUUGGUUUUCUGAGACCAGUCAGGCCUUAAAACUGUUAUAAGGUUUAGAAAAACUGGCCUGGAAGA